GACUUCAGUUGACAUCCGUCCUUUGGACUGAACAGACGUUGGUGUUUAGCACUUUUUCUUAAGACAUUUUUUUUUCUAUCCCUCCCCCGGAUCGAGUUCCGUGUGUGUUUGCAUUCUUUAACGGAUUCGUUUAUAUACCGUCUUGGAUUAAAUCAUCGCGCAGCUAACAAAAAAAAAAAAGUGUUGUGUGCUUUUGUUUUACGUGCCCUGAAACAAAAACAGAAAGAAAAAAGAAAAAAAAAAAAGAAUGUCGGCCGUGUUGUUGUUGUUGAUCGUGGCCGCCGUUUGCGAUUCAGCCGUUAUCGAUAGCGACAGUCCGUCGCCGGCCAGACAACGACUCGUUUCAUCACAAGCCAUCGAAUCCGAUUAUUCAUCAGAAAUGUACUCGCAAAAGAGGCCGAUGGAAACGAUCGACGAUCUGAUGAACGCCCUGGCCCAAGUCACCAAAUCCAAAGACGAGCUGAGGUGUCACUGCAAUCUGCCCGUCUGCGUCACCACGGGAUACAUGUGCAAGUCGGCCAUGGGAACGUGUUUCUCCGAGAUUGUCGACCGCACCGAUCUGUCGAGAUCACGACACGGCUGCCUCGAACUCUUGAGCAGCGAUCACCAAGUGUGUCAUAGCAGUCAAUCUCACAACAAUGGCCGUCACGCUGCCGGUCAUCGGCAUCUUCAUCCCCAACGACCUCUAGUCCUUUGCUGCCAGGACGAUCUGUGCAAUUACGGAGCCCAGCAGGUCCAGCUACGGCUCGAUUCAGCCGUCCAGCCCAACCGCAACGAUUCUUCCUCAUCUUCCUCAACAGGCGUUCAAGAACCCAGAACGGUCGCCAUGGAAACCCGAUUGUUUGGAGACGGACAAGCUGUUGGAAAUGGAGGACACGAUCUGUGGCUCAAAGCGGCUACUAUCGCAGUGCCUAUCGCUGGCGGAUGCAUCCUCGUCUUGCUCGUCUUGUUGGCCAUCCGCAUGCUGAGGAGAGACCGUGAAAACAACAACGACGUGCUGAUGGGAAACAAUUAUACGGUUCCUACCAACCGCAACGAUUUCCAGAUCCGCAGCGUUUGGGGAAAGAGCCGACAGAUCCAGCACCAGCCGGCCUACCACCACGUUCCGCAACAACAACAACAACAACAGCGAUCCGGACAGUGGAAGGAUUGCCAGCUGUCGAUGGCUCAACAACAAUAUCGCCAGCAUCAACAACACCAGCACCGCCAUCAUCCACAUCAAGUGGCGCCACUAUUGCACGCUCCGCACAACAUUGUUUACUUACCGACCGUGCAAAAAAUCAUUCCGCCCAAGCGGAUGUGGAACAAGAGUUGCAUUCUGGCCAAAAAUCCAGUCCUUCAUCAUCUUUAAAAAAAAAAUUAUAAGUCCACCACUAGAGGGCUCUGUCCAAACAAGUCAAUAUUUUCAAAAAGAAAAAACAUUUACGAUGAUUGAUCGAUUGAUACAACGUUUAAGGAAAAAAAAAAAAGGGCGAUCCAAACUAUCGCAUCAUCGAGAGAACAUCAAUCAAAAUAAUAAAUGUUCCAUCAAAUUAUUUUCCUGUAAAUAAUAAUGAUUUUCACGGCCACUUUUUGUGGGGUGCUGGGAAAAUGUUAAACAAAAAUGUUUUGCUACAGAAAUCGGGCGCUAUUCAAUUCAUCAACCAUAAAAUAUGUUUUCCCUCCCACACAUACUGUCACGCUGUACAUACGAAAAAAAAAAAAACCUAUCGUGAUUUUUAUUGUCUAAACCCAAAAGUCUAGACAAUACAAGAAAUUAAUUAUUCAUAA